AUACUACCUCCACUGUCCUGUCGAUCAACGUUAGAGCUCUCAGAGCUCAUGAUUCACCAUUGGCCCAUUGCCAAUUCGCCGGCGACCAAUCCUCUAAUAAACGCCUCGGACAAAUCGCGCUUCAGGUCUUCAGGGCCGUCACACAUCUCUCUCUAUCCGGUGUCUGCAAUGGCCAGAGUCGAAAAUGUUAAUUUGACCGUGAAAGCUCGGCGUCUGAUGUCUUUAUAGGGUUCCACUUCUCAGCCAUCUUCGUCGGUUUUGCCUGAGAAUGUCGACCCUGGAGAAACUAUUCAUUCAAAUCUUCGAAAGAAAGAACUGGAUAAUCGAGCAAGUUAAGCAGCAGAAAGAAUUAUACGAGCAGCACCUUGCUGCAAAACUUUUGAUUAAUGGAAUCCGGCAUCCUCCUUCGUGGUUCGAGGACGCUGGAUUCGGAAAUGGAUGUGUAGAUCUGGAAGAGAUGAAGAAAGAAGAAUUAAUCUCAGGUCUCCUACUCCGACCUCCACAAUCCACAGUCUCUAUUGCUAGUGGGCAGUGCAUACUUUACAACAAACCUGUUGUUACAACAAAUAAUGAACAGUUUUGCAAUGACUUCUUUACAGAAACUUGUGCUUCCAACAAGUAUUUUGAGGUAGGGGAUAGGCUAACAGUGGUGCCUAAGUGCCAUCUCAAUGAGAGUGAUCUUGGACGGGAAUGCACUUUGGACAGUGUUCCUGAGCUAAGCUUUAUUGCUAGUUCUCCUCAAACUCAAACAGAUGCUGUGGUCUCAAAUACUUGCUUCGAUCCGGGCCAAUCACUGGCAAGGAUUCAAAGGUCCAAGUCGAGGCAAAAGGCUCUAGAGCUUCGUAACAGUGCAAAAACAAAAACAGGAGGGCGUCCACGCAAGGAAGAUGAUACCAAUGUUCAUUCAGAUUUGAGCAAAAGGUCUAGAAAUACUUGCCAAUGGCCUGAUAGUGUCAAGGAGCCAGUGGAAUUCUGUAAAUUUUCUGAUGUUGCUAAAGAAAGUGCUGGUAGUGUGGCAAAAGCAAAAUCAAGGAAGCAUGCAAGCCAAGAAAAGAAUUCUUGUGCCUAUAUGCACUCCAGCAGAAGUGCAAAGUCUGAAACUUCUUGCAAACAGCCUAACAAUGUCAAAGAGUUAGCAGAAUUACAUAAUUCUUCUGAAAAUGCUUAUGAUGGUAGUGGUAGAGUUGCAAGUUAUAGAUCUGCCUCUAUGCAUCUUAAUUCUAUUGGUGAACCAUCUGGUUGGUCUAGGCAAGAUGUUGAGUUGCAGAAUGCAUUAGGUACUCAAGCAAGCAUCCACAAAUCCAGGUCAAGAGAAAAGGAUCUGGAAUUUUCUAAUUGCCUGAGAACAAAUAAAGAAAGGUGUCCAAGCAAUGGAGGCUUUAUUAGUGAGGAUAUCCCAAUAACUGAUACACAUACAUGGUCUAGAUCUGUUCCUGAUGAUAAAUCUUCUGAAAUUGCAAAAGCAUUGAAUUGCGCUGAAGGACAUGAUCCCCGGGAAGUGUCAGAUCAUCAAGUAAAUAUUCUGCAAUGUGAUAUUGUUGACAAGGAAAGAUGUGAUGGUGUUGCUGCAGAAACUGAGUGUAUUUCUGAUGUGCAACACAAAAUGAAUAGGACUAACUGUAGAGGUGCUUUGGAAUUUCUUGUUUCGAGACCACCCUCUGAGGAUAGUACAUUCGUGGAGCCAAAGCAGCUUGUCUUUGAUGAUGUGGAAGGGUGCAGCUUGAAUGAGAAUUUUGAUCCAUCUUUGGUUAAGGAUAUACAAUUAGUCUCAUCAGAAGAAGGACCUGUUACUUCAAAAACACCUGACGAAUCAUUAAAGAAAAUAACUAUAUCAAGUGAUAAAAAAUGUGAUUUAUAUGUGGACAAGGAGCUUUUGGAUAAGGAGCAGGUGAAGGAGGUUUUGAAUAGGAAAAAACAGGUCAGUGGAUCUCCUUCUGAAGCUGAAGUAGUGGAAAGAUUCAAACUUGUUGAGUUUGAGAAACCCCAAGAGAACUCUACAUCUGUUAUAAAAUCCUCAAAAUCUACCUUGCCAUCAGGAAAAGCAGCAUAUGAGAUUUGUGAAGGUGCACUUACUGAUACAUCUCUAGAAAGUAACAUACUGUCAAAUCAGAUACAGUCAACAGAUUCUUUACUUACCUUGCAAGCUGGUAGGAAAAGUUCAGUUGGGAGUAAGGAAGCAGUGUCUCCUGAUUUGAAUGUGGACCAACAGAGGGAUGAUUUUGUUCAGACAUGUAAUCAGGAUCUUCUUCUUGGACCCAUGAAGAUAUUUCUGGAAGAUCACAAUCCUGAACCAUCUAAAUGUAAUCACCUAAAAGGCUUUGUGGACCCUGAUAGCCAUGCCAUUUCUGGAUUUAACCCGUAUAUGAACUGUACCAUGCUUUUGGGAGCCCAUGAAACUAAGGCCUCUUGUGUCAUUGCUGCAGAUGCAAUGAAGGAAAGCAUCAUUGAGAAAACAACUGCAGAAGAGACCGAGGAAAAUCACCAUGCAAAGCAAGAUUCACCCUUCCAUGUAAGGAGCCUUACUAGUCAUCAUCAGAAUGACAGUUGUUCUAAAUCAGAAGGAUCUCGCUUUAGAACAGAUUCAAUUAAGAGAAGUAUCAACAGGAAGACCGCAUCAUUAGAACAAGAUCAUAAUGCUGAUGAAGUUGCACUAAACUAUGUAAGGAGCUCAAUCGACAAUGGUCAGAAUGGUAAUUGUUCUAAAUCACAUGUAUCUUUUGUUGCAACAAGUGCUUCUGAUAGAAGUAUUCUCAGGAAAGCAGCAUCACUCAACAUUGACCAAAACCACAAUUCAGAGCGAGGUGCACACUAUUUCCUAAGGAGUUCUACCAGCAAUUGUCAAAACGACAAUGUAGAGCAAGGUCCACGCUAUUUCCUAAGGAGUUCUGCCAGCAUUUGUCAAAAUGCUGGUUGUUCUAAAUCAGAUGGAUCUCGUAUUGCGAAGAAGUCCUUACAAUUAACAAAAGCAGCUAAUGCUGCUGGGGGUUCCUGGCCUCAAUAUAAAAGGAGAAAGAUUGAUAGUCAAUCAAGUAAUGUCUCCACUGCUUCCCCAAAAGUUUUAACUUGGGUUAAGCCACCUCAGAAGAUGGAGAAUGAUAAUGCACUUAGAUGCAUGGAAAGUGCGUGGCAUGUCAGUGAGGGUAAACUUGAAUUGGAAGUGAAAGAUCAAGGUGCAAAUAAUAACCCCUUGACUGUUAAUCACCAACAAUCAGAGUAUUCUUUUGAUUCUAGUUCAGAGAAAGAGGUGAUUGUUAAGUCCCGAGGUUGCUUGAAGGAUGAAGUUGGUAUCCUAGAUCCAACAAGCACUGUCCUUGAUGAAAUUGGUUUGCCACCCUAUGAAAGGAUACUGAAUGUGGUAAAUAUGGAAAAUUUGGGUUGUUCUGAAGGAACCAUGCAGGGAAGUCAUCUAGGAGAGGAUAUGUUGUUUUCAUAUUGCUCAGUCAGCUCCCAAUCUGCCCAGGAUCUUGACUUGGUUGGUGCUGAUCAAGCCAUGCCUGAGUUUGAGGGCUUCAAUGUUGGUGUGCUUUCAGAGAAUACUGUUCCCUGCCUUGGUGGAGAAGGGGUUAACCUUGACAAGUUGGGUCUUCCAUGCACUACCAUAGAACGGGAUAGUAUUCUGGAGCAGUUUUACAGAUCUGGUAGUAUGCUUACUCCACUGCCCCCUGUUUCAAUGAAGUAUAAAUUGCACAUGACACCAGAUGUUUACCAGUCUUUUCCUAAGUGCAGUUACAGUGGCAUGAGUGAGAAAGCUGGUCACACUUUUCUGGGAAGUUCAUUCUCUAGCUGCAUGCCAUCUUCUAGUGUUCUUUUUGGUCGGGAUAGUAGAAAACCAACAUACACCCCUCCAGUUUCAAAGCUCUCUCAGAGAAUUACUUCAAAAUCCAAUAGUGGCAGUUCAAACCCUGAGCUUACUUGCUUUCGGAUUGAGGAAGAUCCAAUUAUCUGUGAAGAAACCAGGAAAACAGUCGAUGUAGUUGAUCCAUUCCAAGAAGGAACCCAUGCAAGAGAAAGUAAUAGUUCCAUUAAGACAGGGCCCCUUGUUGAUUUCACUACAGAUCCUCCUGCAUCCAUUUCUGCAGCCAUGCCUCUUAAAGAAUGUAGUGUAGAUUGUCAAAAUGCAGAAUCUGGUUUCACUGGGACUCGAAUGGAUGUAAAACAGAAGGAUGGCAAUGGCUGUGGCAGUAAUAGAAGAUAUAGAAGCAAAAAAGGCAAAGAGAAUCAAAGUUCUUUAGUAGGUAUGAACUGUGCAUUGAAGGCCAGUGGAUCUCUUCAAAGCAGAUUUGGUAGGCCAAAAUUAUCAGGCAAAGAAAGUGAAGGAAAAGGAUGCCAGAGUAUAUCAGAAAAGGGAUCUAAGCGUAAUAAUAUUGUAUCUAAUAUCUCAUCUUUUAUUCCACUUGUUCAACAAAAGCAAGUACCUGCAGUUCUUAUGGGGAAAAGGGACAUUAAAGUGAAAGCCUUGGAGGCGGCUGAAACUGCAAAACGUCUUGAAGAAAAGAGAGAAAAGGAACGCAAAAUGAGAAAAGAAGCAGUUAAGCUUGAGAGGGCCAGAUUAGAGCAAGAAAACAUACAGAAAAAGAAGGAAGAAGACCGGAAGAAAAAGGAAGCUGAAAUUGCAGCAAGGAAAAGGCUAAGAGAAGAAGAAGAAAGGAAGGAGAGGGAAAAGAAACGUAAAUGCAAUGUAGAAGCACAAAGACAACAGAGAGAACAUGAGAAUAAAUUACGUGUUGAGAAAGAGGAGAAAGAGCCAAGGCACCAGCUGGCAGAUGAGAGACAGCACAAGGGAAAGGAGUUGACUGAAGGACCAGCAAAGCAGCAGAAAAUAGAAACAGGAAAGGAAGGACCUAAGUGUAGGAAGGAAACUGAAACUGAUCCCAGGACUGCAAUAGUUUCUGCGGCAAAUGCUCUGAAAGUAAGCAUUGUACCUGAACAUAGUGGUGCUUUUAAGGAGCUUGAUGAUGUUAGACAGGUACCUUCCAAUUUAGCAAAUGAAGAUUGCACCUCUGCAACAGACAUAUGUUUAGAGCAGUCAUAUGACAUUUCUCCAUACCAAGGCUCAGAUGAUGAAGAGGAAGAGGAAGAAGAAGAUGACAUACCAAAUAAGAAACUUAUUCCUUCAUGGGCCAGUGAAAGUUGUCUGGCCCAAACUUUACCAUCAUUGCAAAAAUUGGAUCCAAAGAGAAUUUUCCCCAUUGAAAGCUUUUGCAGUAUAGCUGAAGUUCUUUUAUCUCGAAAGCAGCAGCUGAAAUAGGUGGCACUAUGGAUGGGGAUGACAGACUUUUUUCUUGUGUUAUGUGGAUGGAAGAACUUUAUAGAUGCAUUUGGUUAUUCACGUGUUGUACAGAAAAAGAAGACCUCUCAAUGACAAACAGGGAGGAGGCCAUGAGCAUGGCUAAAACGUGUUGGCCUGUUCGAUGAUAAUGAUUUCAUUUGGCACGCAUUUUGUAGUUGAUUACACUUUCCAUUAAAAUACAUACAUCUCUUUCAAUUUUGCUUUCUCUCAUUCUUACAGUCCAGUGUACUAUUUACGAAUUCAACAUGGGCUUGAUCAAGCUACAGUUACAUAAAAUCCUCAGUCUCACUUAAGGUGAUCGGCUCUCGGCUGCAAUGCUGUAUCGUAUCUAGAAUUUCGUCUGCCGUUUUCAUGACACGAGCUAGACUAGUUUCCCAAAAUGGAUCUGGAUCUUGUUUUAUCUCUGCUGUCUUCUGUAGCUCCUCGCCGUGAAGUUGCGUUUUAUAAAUUAUUACAGCUGACAUUCUCAGUUCUGAUGCAUGGAAUAUCUAAUUUCUGCCCUCUGACUGAUUAUAUG